AGGAGGUAUCGAAUUUUGGCCAAUCAAAAAAAGGUGUCUUGUGUGGACGUCAUUAGCAUGUGGGUCUGUAAAUAGAGCGGGCGCGAGGCGGGCGUUAGUCAUUUUCUGUUCGUUUACUCGAGAAGUAGCAUCAUGCCCGAUCCAGCCAAGACCGCGCCCAAGAAGGGAUCAAAGAAAGCCGUGACCAAGACGGCCGGCAAAGGAGGCAAGAAGCGCAGAAAGUCCAGGAAGGAGAGCUAUGCAAUCUACGUGUACAAGGUCCUGAAGCAGGUGCACCCUGACACCGGCAUCUCAUCCAAGGCCAUGGGCAUCAUGAACUCCUUCGUGAAUGAUAUUUUUGAGCGCAUCGCCGGUGAGUCUUCUCGUCUGGCUCACUACAACAAGCGCUCCACCAUCACUUCCAGGGAGAUCCAAACCGCCGUGCGCCUGUUGCUUCCCGGCGAGCUGGCCAAGCACGCCGUGUCCGAGGGCACAAAGGCCGUCACCAAGUACACCAGCUCCAAGUAAAGCGCAUUACCGCCGUCUUCAUCAACCCAACGGCUCUUUUAAGAGCCACCCACUUUUCAUACAAAGAGUAAUUUCCUCUCUUUCGUUUUCUCUCUCGCUGUGUGUGUGUGUGUG